AUGGGAAGUUGUUCUGGGUUAUGUUCAAAAUUUACUGUUGAAAAACCAAUUAUACUUAAUGUUUCAGAGAUUGAAGUUGUUGAAGGGGCCCUUAGUGAUGAAUAUUAUCAUCUGUCAGCUUAGAUGUCUUAACAAGUGGAGGAUAAACAGAUUUUAAGAUUAGAGACAGGUGCAAUAUAUGAGGGAGAAUUAUUGAAUGGAGUAAGACAUGGCAGAGGAAAACAAAUAUGGCCUGAUGGUAAAUAAUUUAAUGAAAAAAGGAUCAUAUUAUAUAGGAGAUUUUGUUAAUGAUAAGGCUUAAGGUCAUGGUAAAUUAGUGAAUAUAAGUGGUAAUAUAUAUGAAGGAUCAUGGAUGGAUGAUAAGGCAAACGGAGUUGGAAAAUUUAUGAGUACGGAUGGAUCAUAUUAUGAAGGUGAAUGGUUGAAUGAUAAAUAACAUGGAUUUGGAAAAGAAUAAUGUUCAAGUAAAUUUAGAAAGCAAUUAUUAUGUAGAUGGCUCUUUUUAUGAAGGAGAAUUUUAUAAGGGUGCUAGACAUGGCAAGGGAAAACUAGUUACUAAAGAUGGAUGUCAGUAUGUAGGAACUUUUGAAAAUGGAGUAAUCAGUGGAAAAGGUAUAUAUGUAUAUCCAACUGAGAUAAGGUACAUAUAAAUGGGCAGAUGGGAAAACCUAUGAAGGAGAUUUCAAACAUGGACAAUUAUGGGGUAAAGGAGUUAUGAGAUGGGAGGAUGAUCGAGAAUAUAUAGGAGAGUUUAAAGAGGAUAAAAGACAUGGGUUUGGAACCUACAAGUGGAAUGGAAGAAAAUAUAUGGGAGAAUGGUUAAAUGGAUAAUAGCAUGGAAAAGGUGUAUAUAUUAGAGAAGAUGGAUAACAAAGAGAAGGAAUCUGGCAAUAUGGAAUUAGAGUAAGGUGGAAUGAUAAGAUAUAAACCUAAUAAGAAUAGGAAACUACUCAAAAUUGA